UCAUUCACACACAAACACACACAAUCUCAGCAUCUCUUCACCGAUGACAAAGGGUCCUCCUGGGAGGCGCGCCGCGCGUGACCGCGUCCUCUGCUCUUGUGCUGCUGCAGACCCAGACAGACAGACAGACAGACAGACAUAGGGUGAGACUGACUGCUUGACAGACAGAUACCGGAGACGAUAGACAGGCUGCUGUUGUGUCGGUGAGGAUGCGCGCGGCGGGCAGCAGCAGCAGCAGCUCGCGGUGAUUGUCGGAUCGGUACUAAGAGGCGGAGCAGCUGCAGCGGAGCGCGAGGAGCAAACCGGACACCAUGAGCUGCAACUGGGGCACGGAGCUGUGGGUACGUACACCUGUUCACACCUGCUGCACCCGGACAUGUCCCCGUAUCACACCCUGAAAACCGCCUCAUACCUUCAGCUACAACCGCUCAACCGGUAACAUGUCGGUGAGGAGCCGGUUACCGGGCGGCCUGUUCGUGUAUCUGAGUGUAUGUGUUUGUGCGGGUGUGUAUAUGUGUAAGGCCCUCGUGCUUCAGGCUGGUCUGCCAUAGCAACACGGUGAAUGACGACAACGGCUCGCGCUCUGCGUCCUCCAUGAUGCUGCAGCGCGCGACCAGAGAGACAGAGACCCCCAACCUUCCCCGUGACCCUCACCUCACUCACUUUUACACCCAAAUUACCAUUAAUCAUUAUCAUGGGUGUAAUUAUACUGUAACUGUACAGGAGAGCUGGUGUGUGUACGCAGAAUGUAACUGUGUGUGUGCUGUGUUUGUCCAGCAUUUCCACAGUAUAUCUGUGUACUAUUAAUAGGAAUAAUAUACAUGUGUACAGGAUGGGCUAUAUGUAGGGGAAGGACUCAGUUUAGAGGGUUGUUUUUCACUCAAAUGUAAUAUUUUAAUAAAGUGACCUUAAGUCACCGUCCAGUGUAACAUCUACAGCUCAUAACUGUGAGCCGUGGUCAUCACACUAUUAAAACAGCUAAAAUAUACAAUGUCUAAUUGCUGCUGAACAAAGUCGUUAUUGAGCAACUUUUAUUUCUCCAUAUACUGAUUGGUAUGUGAUCAGAAAAUGUGGAAAACAGAGCAACUUUCUCACACUUGGAUUCUCAAAGUACCAUUUAUCGCCUUAUUGGCAGCACAUUCAUCACAUACUACAUGAAAAAAUAGAUUAAUACCAAUUUCAGUGACUCUCAGGAACAUAAAUAUGUGUCAGAAUUUGGAUAAAACCUGGCAGAACAGACAGACUGAUUCAAACAACCUGGUGCUUAAAAGCACUAAAGCAUAAAAAAAUACAUAAACAUGACUUGUAAUAGAUAUUUGAGGACACACACAGAGCUUGCUGACAGAAACAAAAGCACGAUACUAUGUGGAAUUCUGCCCAACGCAGACAUAAACAACUUUAAAUUCUUAAAGCACUACUCAUUGGUGCAAAUUUUACUUAAUCACGGAGCAGUUUCCCUUAAUUAUGAAUCUUUUAUUCUGUUAAUUAAAGCCCCUAAGAGUAGUUUUAUGAUUUACAUGAAAUAAACUGGAAUUCAUGUUGAUGCCUUUUAUGUAAUAAAAAAGCAAACAAGACCAUCAGCAACAAGACUGAUGAUAUUUAUACCAUAAUAUUUAAUACCUGAAACUAGUGUGUGUGGGGAUAGGUGUCAGCUGGGCAGAGGAAGAAACAGCCUUGUUUUGUGAUCUCUAAAUUAAAAUAAUACAAAAAAUUAUAUAUUUGACUGUCAAAGUUCAGCAGGAACAGUUUUUUUUUUUUUUUUUUGCCGGAAAAACACUAGUGAAGUAUGUAGAAGACAAGAUAAGCAAAGACUGCUUUGUCCACAGGGGGUAUCAAAACUGACACAAACAGAAGGUUCCUCACAGGAACUUUAAAUUAAACAAAUUUCUGUUCAGCAUUUAUGAGACCGGGAGAAAAAACGGACUCACUCAGAUCAAAACCCUCCUUCUUCAGGAUGUCCGGGCUAAUGCAGACAGCAACAGUUUACAAACUCUCUAACAAAAGAGCCACUUUGAACGUGAUUAGAAAGUGUUAAUGUCAUGUUAGUAAGUCAGUUGUGUUUAUUUGUCAAGUUUAUGAAGUAUGUGUUGCUCCAUCUUUGUCUUGCCUUCUGCAAUUCAUCUUUUUGUGUCGUGUUGAUUUCCAGGUUUUCCACAGACAUUGAGAUAUUAUGGUUGUAGAUGGUGUGUAUCAUGUAUGUUUAUGUAUUCAGGGUCCUUUGCUGUUUUUUUUUUAAUGUCUUAUGUUGCAGCUUUGAGCUGAAGUUGUUGAAAUUAUCUUUCUAUUGCCCGGUGCUUCCCCCUGACAAAUUAAAAAACAGACUUUUCUGACUCAAUCUUCACACUGACGGCAGAUUUCAGACUCUGAACUCCUGCAGCAUAUUUGGCAGAGAUUACAUCCUGCAGUGUUGUGCAUCCUGAUGCGACAAGCUUUGCACACCUGGAUUCUGUGCAGAUCCACUCAGUCUCUGUCAGGCUGCUCUGAGCAGGCAGCAGACAGCACUUUUAGCUCUCUUUGGAGGUUUUUAAUGUGCUUCAAGUCUGGGUUCAUGGUGGGCAAUGAGAGAAAACCCACAGAGUUCUGGCCUCUGCUCAGGGUUGUUGUCCCUAAUUUCAGUUUUAGGCCCCAGACUCUUGGCUGCUGAAAACACUCCCAAGUUCUGAUGUUGGCUCUGAAACCUUUAACUCUUUGGAUGCUUUGAGCUCCAGACAGGGAUAGUUCACGUGACUCUGGUAAAAUCAGACGGAGCCAAAGAGGGAGGAGCAGGAGGGUUAGGCAGGCCGAAGCAGUUUGAAUUGAAUGUCCAUGUUGAUUAGGUAACCAACUGAUCUGUCAGCUGAUGUGAGCUGGCAUUUGGAUUGAGCUUAAAUUUGUGGUCUGCCUAAACUAACACUACGCCCAAUUUUAAUACUGGCGUUAAGAUUGUAAACAGUAUGAGGUCUUCACUGUAGCAGCAAUACUCUACCGGGUACUAACUAUCUCUGCAGUCCCACAGGAUUAAUACUGUGCAACAUCAAAAUUACCAUGUUAGAUUAUUUAAACUGUGAAAUACCAUGGAAACUACGAUAUAGCAGCCAAAAGUGUGCAUCAGUGGUACUACAGCAGUAAUUCUGCAGUAUAGCAGCAGUCCAUCAUGACAGUACAAAUACUGUAUCACCCUUUCAAUACCGUAAUACUAAGGCCAUACUGUAAUACAUUAUUACUGCUCUUUAACUGCAAUAUUAGCAUCAACCCUACACUACACUACACAACUAAAGAAGUAAUACUUCAUCUUACAAUUAUAAUACAGCAACAAUCCUAUUCUACUGUAGAGUAAAGCUAUGGCAAUAUCACUAACAUUUAGUUGCUGUAACAGUAUACAAUAUUAAUGGUGAUAUUAAUAUUUAUAGCAACCAGCCAAAUACCUCACAGCACCACUAAACUGUACCACAGUUGUCGGACUGUUGUAAGCUUUCAUUCAGGUUACAAGAUGUUGUCAGUGUGUGGGAUUUUAAUUACUGUAUCAGAGUUGUUUUUGUGUCUCUUUUUGUGUUUCAGGAUCAGUUUGAUAACUUGGAGAAACACACCAGCUGGGGGAUCGACUUCCUGGAGAGAUACACCAAGUUUGUUAAAGAGAGAGCUGACAUCGAGCUGAGCUAUGCCAAACAGAUCAGGUACCACUGUCGCCUGUAUGUCACUCUAGAGCCUACAUGGGGUCGCAUGGGAUUCAAAUAGCUUGCAUUUCCCACAGUGACCAAACACCACAUGUAACUGCUAUGAGACUCAGUUCAAUCACUCAAAUGUAAACAACCUUUUAAUCUAGAAAUCUUGAGAGCUGUUGGAUUUUUGUAUGUGUAUGUUAAACCACAUUCAGUGCUCUUGUGUGCAUGAAGUCAAAGCAUCGUUUACUCCUAAAUGUUGUAUCAGAGAUUUUACUUUACCAACAGACUUUGAGAACACUGCACGUCUGAUUACAGAAUAACUCAAGACAAUUAUGUUACAGUCCUACCUGCAUUUCUGUACCUUUCUAUCUGCAGGAGUCUGUCGAAGAAGUAUCACCCCAAGAGAAGCAGAGAGGACGAGGGCCGGUCAGUAAAGACUUUUGUGAUCACUUUUAUAUCAUGUAAUAUUGGUGCCCAUCAGUAUUUUUCAGCAGAAGGCUAUCAGCUCAUCUGUAUUUGUUGAAUGGCAGUGGCCAACCAGAGCAGAUGAUCUGUAGCGGAUGAACAGGCUUCAACAGAAGAAAUGUGCUGCAAGUGCAAAAAUGAUGCAACUCUGAAAGACCAAAAGACCAAAGCAGACUAAAAAAAUUGUGCUGCAAAAAACUGAAAUAUCUCAGUUUGCUGCAAACAAGCUGCAAAUACACAAUUUUGCAAAGUCCAAACUAGGUGAAACUAUAAAUAUCUGCAAGAGUCAAUAACAUCAACAACAUAACAGUCAUAGCUGAGGCUUAAAAGCAGAAGUGUUCCAGGCAUGGAGUUUUGUAUGUUUGUGUAUUUGCAGCUAUUAGCACGUUCUGUCUGCUUAGGUCACUUAGAUCUGUUUUUAAAGUUGCAUCAUUUCUGCACGUGCAGCAUGAUUUUCCUGAUGAAGACAUUUGGUCAGCUGCAGAUCUUCUGUCAGGACACUAGGACUAUUUAAAAGUACUAUCUGAGAUGGUGACAGACAUUUUAAGUGCAUUCAUAUUGAUCUUUGCCAUCUUUUUGAUCAAUGAUCGAAGGUCCUUUUGGUUUCUGAUUGGCGGUUCAAACUUCACCUGAGGUAUUUUUGCAGGUACACUUGGUGUUUGGCAUUUGCAGCAACUCUCCGCCAGCUGAACGAACUUUCGAUUCAGAGAGAAGAACUUGCUGAAAACUUGAACUCGCAGAUCGUGUGUGAGCUGUCCCGAUACACACAGGAGCUGAAGACCGAGAGGAAGACUGUGAGUACACAAACCCACCAACAAAAACCCAGACGGAGACAUAAACACAGCACAAGAGAAAAAAAACACCAAAACAUCUAUAGAGUACUUCACUGUAAAACUUUUAUGUGUGAAGCACUGAAAUUCAUUUAUCUUUGCUUAAAAACAAAUUAUGAACAGAAGCUGUGUAUGUGUUUUAGCAUUUUCAAGAUGGCCGUCGUGCUCAGCAGCACAUCGAGAGCUCCUGGAAACAGCUGGAGUCUGUAAGUAACAUCUGGCUCACCAACAUAACUGACCAUAGAGCCAAAAUCUAGUUUAAUCAACAUCAAGUUUUUUCUUCACCUGGAUCAACUGUUCUCACUUCACCUUUCACUUACUUUUAUGAUAGUUGUAUUGAUUUGUUUAUUUGUUAUUGUCCAGAGUAAACGUCGGUUCGAGCGCGACUGUAAGGAAGCAGAGAGAGCUCAACAGAUCUCCGACAGAAUCGACCUUGACAACAAAACAGAUGGAGAAAAGGUUGGGAGGAAUUAUUGUUUCCUUUUUUAUAUAAAAAAUGUUUUCCAGAGUUAAACUGAAAAUCAGAUCCUGUAAAAAGUUUGAUUUAUCAUAAACAGUUGAAGUCAUAUUUUAACUUUCUUGACCUCUUGUCUGUGUCUGUGUGUUUGUCUCACAGCGCUGCUCACUGAAGGUAAGAGCCUUCAAAACAUUUAUGUACACUUACAUCUGUUUUUCUAUAUCCCAGUGUGAAAGUGUGCCAAUGUUCACAAUAUUGUUGAAGUGUAAUAAACAUGAAAAAGUGAGGACCCUGAGACUAGCAUCAAAAACCUAAAAAAUAGUCAUGAAACCAAAGUUUUGUGGUCACUCUUUUUUCUCUAAAUGUGCACCCGUAUGUCCUGCAAAGUGUAUGUAAAAGUUAUGAACUUUCUCAUCAUCUAUUUUCAGACAAAUCUAUGUAUUAACAUGUGAAGAUAUCAUCCCCUGAAGUUUCACUUUAAGUUUGAAGUAUUUUAAAAAUCUCUGUGGUGUGGGGAUGUUGGUAGAUAUACUUUUUGUCAAACUCCGGGUGUAUUUUCUUUUUUUGUGUUUUUUUUUCUGAUCCCAGGCUCGUCAAACGGCUCAACAGAAAAAAGAAGCCUCUGAAGAAGCCAGGAAAGACUAUGUGGCCUGUUUAAACCAGUUUAAUCAAGACCAGCACCAGCACUACCACACACUGGUACCAGUUAUAUACCAGGUAAAUGAGCACUCACACACACUUGCACCUGUUUUAUAUUAAGUAGAAACCUCAGAUGUCAAAAAAGUAAAAAAAACAACAAUAUGGAUUUAUCAAGAAAUAUGCAUUUCCUCAAAAGUCCACUAGAAUGCUGCAUCCAAAAGAAAAACUAUGAUUUUUUUGUGAUGUUUUCUGUGUUUGCAGCGUAUCCAAGACAUGGAGGAGCGGCGCAUCGAGAGAAUCUGUGAAGCGAUGCGUUCAUCAGCAGAGGCGGAGAGGAAAGUUCUUCCUGUUGUGAGUCGUUGUCUGGACGCCAUGAUGGAUGCUGCUGAGGGCAUCCAGCCCAGGAUGGUGAGUCUGCUGAAUCCUGGAAACUUCUGGACCAUUUUUAUUCUGCAUUUUGGAGUAAAUUAUAGGCUCCCAUCCUGUUUUUAGCAGUUUCACCUAUGAGAGGUGUUCGAUUUUAUAUGAUACGCUGACGCAUGUCUAAACAAUUCACCUUGAAUUUGUUAUUUUGUGAAAUAUGUCUCAUCUGUGGUAAUCUCUGUUCUUCAGUGACAGAACUGUAUUUGUUCUGGUUUGUUAUGGUCUGAAAAAAAGUGUGCAGCAACCCUUCAGUAAAUCUGAGAUGUUUGUUUGAAUUUUUCAGAGGUGGGGAAAGAUUGCUGUCCUCUUAAUGACAAAUUUAAGACAGAAAAAGGGUCAAAGGUCAUCUCUGAUCCCGUGUGUGUGUGUGUGUGUGUGUGUGUGUGUGUGUGUGUGUGUGUGUGUGUGUGUGUGUAUCUUUGUGUUUGUAGGACACCCGGCAGGUGGUGGAGGUGUAUAAAUCAGGGUUCGACCCUCCAGGUGAUGUGGAGUUUGAGGACUACAGCGCCUCCAUGAGGAGGAGCAUCUCUGAAUCCAGUUACCUCGACAACCGAGCUGAGGGGCGGAGACACAGCAGGAAGCUUUGGCCCUUUAUACGCAAAAACAAGGUGCACAAACACACACCUGAGUAAUUACACACACUCCACCAGUAAACCCAACGGCUCAAGGUGUCAUCAGCCGUACUGACUAGGGCUGAAACGAUUACUCGAGUAACUCGAGUAACUCGAUUAAUAAAAUUCCUCGAGGCAAAUUAUAUGCCUCGAGGAAUCGUUUAAAUCCGGAACCAUGUGCAGCGCACGGUGUUUGACACGGACGGUUAUUUCUGUUGCGCAGAAGCGUGCUCUUUCCGCUCCUUCCGCUGCCGCGCGUUUGGUUCAAUCAUGGAGGGAAACGAGGACAGACAGAAGCUGUGUCCGAAAUGGCAUACUGCCUGCUAUCUACUUACCUACUCAAGCAGUAGCUACUGCCUACUGACUACUCAAAGAUGAUUUGAGUAUGCCGCGGCUGCCCGAGCGUUUACACACAUACAUACUAAAUACCCCAGAAUGCAUUUCGUGCCGGCCGGACGCAGCGCCGGGAAAAUUUAAAUAGUCCUACCACAAGCUACAUAGAACGACUGCAUACCGGACAAAUUAUAUAAAUUCAUUCAAUAAUAAUAUUUUUUCUAGCGAGAAAGUAAGUGUUUACAUCACGAUUAUGAGCCCAGUUGUUUGAAAUAGUGGCUGUUUGUAAAUUUGUCUCGGCGUUUUCGGAGACCGAAGCGUCCACUUGGUCGGUGUUUGCGUCUAUUUACCGUAAACACCGGGCAGCAGCAGCUCCCCCUUCACGUUUCCAAAUUAUUGCGAAGUGUUUUCAUAAUCAACAUCUACACGACACAAACCGGGCGGCAGUGGAUGAAAAAAAUCACACAAACAUCCGUGUAUCCAUGGUGAUAAUGCUAUACACCACCUGCUAGGCGUGUGAUGAGCAGCAGAGGGCUGCAAAAUGACCAACACACAACAACAUGUAAAUAAAAAUGUAACACUUUUAUAUAUUGAAUAAAUGUACAUUUGCUUGUCAAAUUAUGUUAGUAUCCAAGAAUUAUAUUAUUUCAGCCUAUUAAUUAAACAAGUAAAAUUAGAUCCAAAGCCUGGAAAUAGUUGUGACUGGUUUAGUGAAAACUGCAAAGAUCAUUACCAUAGCAAUUAAAAGACCAUCUGCAGACCUUGCCUUCAGUAGUUUCAUGUGAACUACAUGGUAAAAUGUAAAACUUUUGGUUCCUGAUUUAUGCAGUAAAAAUAUUCAUUUGAAAGACCUGGCCUAUUUCAGUUUUGUGUGUUACUGAUGGUUUUUAAUGAGGCAAACGUGAUUCAAUGCAAAGUAUUACAGUGAGAGCAAAACAUUUCUUAUCCGAUUACUCGAUUAAUCGACAGAUUAAUCGAUAGAGUACUCGAUUACUAAAAUAAUCGAUAGCUGCAGCCCUAGUACUGACACACCUCUCUCUCUCCAGCUUUUGACCCUCCUCUCCUCCCCUCGGCAGCCUCCCCCUCCUCCCCCCACCUCCCCCUCACCUGGUGCUGUGAAUGACAGUCCCCAGUCCCCGCCCCCUGCCUCUAGAGAACCAAUCACACAGCGGCUGAAUGACCUCAUGACAUCUGGAUCGAGAACCAGGAAGCAGUGUUUGCGUAGCCUUAAACGAGGGGUAAAUACACACACACACACACACACACACACAAAUGUAUUGCUAAAUUAAUGUGAGGCACAAACUCUGAUUUGAUGUUUUCUUUUUGCCUUCAUAUGCUUCUUUGUGAUUGGACAGCUGUCUCUCAAACUGGUCAGUAUCUCGACUAUCCAUAAUGUACAUAUGAACAUGUGAUGUCUGCUGCUUUUUUUUAGUGUGAUACGUUCAAUGACACAUUAAAACAAAAGAGAAUAAAAUAGGAUAGGAUAGAAUGAGGUAGAAUAAAUAAAACAAUUGGAAAGAAUUUAACAGAGUGGAAUCGAACAGAGUAAAGUAGAAUAGAACAGAAAAGAACAAAGUAGAAUAGAACAGAAUAAAACAGUGAAGGUGAAGAACAGAAUACAAUACAGCAAGAUAGAAAAGAACAGAGUACAGUACAGAAGAAUAAAACAAUGGAAUCAAACAGAAUAGAUUAUAGUACAAUAGUAUUGUAGAAUAUAAUUUAAUAGAGUAAAACUGAAUGCAAAGAAAUUUAAUUAGGUGAAAUAAAAUGCACUAAAUCAUAACAGAAAAGAAUGGAGAAAUGGAUGUAUGUGUUGUAGGGUUCGGGUCCUGCAGAUUGCAGUCACCUCCCUCCAGAGCAAAGAAGAAAGAAACUUCAAACUCGAAUCAACAACAUCAACCAAGAGAUCCAAAGAGAGCGAGAGCAGAGGUAAUACACACAAGUAUACACACGCACACACACACAUUUUAUAACACUCAAACAGCUGGGCAACAAGACUAAAAGAAAUGAGAGGGUUUAGGCAUCAAUCACCAAUGUUAUCUACCUUAAAUAUUAAACCGCCAUCCUUUGUUCUGUCUCAUAAUGUUUUUCAAUCUUUACAACUCUGCUGCCUCCUGCUGGUGUGAAGGAAAAAAUCUGAUACUGAAUACUGUAUUUAGUUGCAGAGGGAAAAAAAACAAUAUCUUCAUAUCAAAGCGUCUACCAUGAGCAGAAUUUGAUUCAGAACAAUGUCUGAUGUUUUCAUAAUAUUCAAAUUUUCAUCACUACAUUGGUUUUUAUAUCCAUUGUUAAUAUUGAAUGUUGCUUUAAACAUACUAGUCAGUGAUAUUUAUUGUUUUGUUUUGAGAGUGAAGUCAUCUGCAGUCAAAUCUGCAUUAUGUAUUAAAUGUUAUGUAAAAUUCUGUUGAUGCAGGAUGUGAAUUAAUAUCCUCUGUGAUUCAUUUGUGUGUGUUUGUGUUUUUAGAGACGCUCUGUUAAAGAUGAGGGAGGUGUAUGAGCGGAGUCCUCAGAUGGGCGACGCUGGCAGUUUGGAGCCUCGACUGGAGGAGGUGAAACAAAGUCUGCAGAAACUGGAGGAGGAGCUGAGGAAGAACCAGGUUUAUACUUUCAAAAUCACAUAGUUCACAGAGAGAAACACACACUGGACUUUUUACAUUGAACACCAUAUGUAUAUUAUCUAUCAUCUGGGCUUUUUGCAUUUUGAUCAAGAGAAAUUUAAGCCUGGGCCACACACUUUUGGACUCACUCUUAUUCUGUACAUAAUGUGUGUUUUGUGUCUGUUUGCUUAGGCGUGGCUGGCGGAGGCUGACAGCAGACUGUCUGAUCACAGCGGUAGAAGACAGAGUGGAGGUUGUGGGGUAAAUUCCCAGGCGACGACACCAGGCAGCAGCAGCCUGAAACAGCUGGACAACCGCAGUCCAGCCAGCAGAGAGAGGUACUGAAAACUGAUAAACAGUUACCUGCACAUGUUUAAUUUCUACGAUUCUAAAUUGAGGUAGCUCCACUCGUCUUCUGGGCAGAUCAGACAGAGGACAAGUCUCUUCCUACAAACUGCCCACUACAGGAUAAUCUGGCUAGAUAAUCUUGAGAACCAUCCAAAUAUCAGACCUUUGCUGACUUUUGUCAGAAGGGGGGAACCAGGCCAUGAAUUUGAUUAACUUUCAGUGUGUGCCCUGCUGUAACUUUUUUAGAGAGCCCUACAUUAAGCAUGGAUCCAUUUGUCACUGAGCAGAGCAAUGUGGCAUAAUAGUGACAGGGUUUGAACUAACGAGCAGAGGCCAGUGUUGCUAACUCCUUUGUAAGAAAAGUUGCUAGUGGCUGUCCUAGAAGUUGCUAGAUGUUGCCAUCGCCUAAUUUGCACAACUUUUCAGUCCAAGGAGCGAGGAGUCUUUCUCAGGGUGUCUGUAUGUGUGUGUUUUUUUGAUGCACACCCACUAACCAUUGAGAAGAGUAACAUCGAUACCCGCUUUCAUGUCAGAGUCUCGAAACUCCAGAAAAAGUCACUAAAUUUGUCGCCAGGCUCUUUUUUGAAAAUAAGUCACUGGGAGGUCUGAAUAGUUGCGAAGUCUAGCGACAAAGCUGCGAAAUCUAGCAGCAAAGUCGCUAGGUUGGCAACACUGGCAAAGGCUUGUUCAUACAGGGGCGGCUCAGCUAAUUCAGGCACUAAUAAAGUCACUGGACAUGAAAAUAAAAACUAAUAAACUAAUGAAAGUUUCUAAACUUACCAGCCACCUUACUCGUCUGAGCUCACUCUGUUUUUCUCCCUCUGUCUCCCCCUUAGUCCUGAUGGCAGCUACACUGAAGACAACAGCGCAGAGCUUCACUUUAAGUCUCGUAGUUCAGAGUUUGAUGAUGACUUUGAUGAUGAAGAGCCGUUGCCGAGUAUCGGCACCUGCAAGUCCCUGUACCCGUUCCAAGGUACUUUAUUUAAUUUGAUCUUAACCUCACUCUGUCUGCUGUCAGUGUACCACCUGAUCCACUGGGAUUCCACCUGGUUCUCUCUGGUCUGAACACGCUGUGAUUGAUCCUCUCCAGGUCAGAAUGAAGGUACCCUGUCCAUGGUGGAGGGAGAACUACUUUCUGUAGUGGAAGAGGACAAAGGUGACGGUUGGACCAGAGUACGGAGGAACCUGGAGGAGGAGGGAUACGUCCCCACCUCCUACAUCAAAGUCUUCCUAGACAGCAGUGCCAAAGGUGCCAUGACCUACAUAUAACCUAGAUUUAAACCACCUAUGACCUUUAUAUGACUAAAGUGAUCUACCUACGACCUAAACAUGACCUUCAUAGACGUCUACAUAAUCCUCAGACACAGAUUCUACAUAAAAAGGCCAAAUCUGGAGGCAGGGCUUUCAGAUUAUUGUAAAGGAAGUGUUCUGGUUUCCACUGUAGUACAUUUGUAGUCCAAUUAGUACUGACCAAUCAGGUAUCAGUGGGCUUUUGCAUAUGCAGGAAAGACAAUCUGUGUGGAGAGCAAAAGCAGGUAGUAUGCAAUCAGCAGUGAAACAUCCUGGCUCCUGUUGAUGGUAAUCUGAUAACUAUUUUUAUCUCUUUUGCAUGCAAGCACAGUCAUUAUUUUGGCAAUAAUUCAGAAAAAGGAAAAACAAAUUAGGGGUUCACACAGCAAAGCCUGGAUACGACUUUGUAUUUACAUUGAAACUAAGACUUGAUGAACAGCUGCCAUACUGGAGGAUUAAAUGAACCCAGAAAUUACAGCAUUUAUUUUGUAGACAUAUCUGAGUUUCCUCAAAGUUUUGAUCUGAACUCAUGAACGCUUCUCAAGUUCCUAGAGUUUAUUCCAAAGUUCACCAUUACUCCCAUGAUAGCUUGUGGGAUCCAAGACUGGCCUACACAAGACUGAUGCCGAGGUCAGACUACAUGUUUUUAAAAUGAUUAUUGCCCAAUCUGCUGUUUUUACUGUAAUGAAUGGGUCAGAGACUAUCCAAUCUGUUCCAUUUUUUAGGUGGAUGUUAACAACAGCUGCUGGUGAAGUGCCCCUGAAAGCCAGUUGUGCAGACCUACAACCAAUUGGGUUUACAGCAUGUGAUGUAAUGCAGAGCAAUAAAGAUGUGGAAAGACAGGGGAAUGCAGAGAAAGAAGAAACACCCAGCAGUUUCAGACCCACCUGCCAGAGUCUACCAGAGGGAUCUGGCUGCUGAGUCUCUGAUGGGUCUGGAAAUGUCAGGCUAGCAAGUUCGAGCUGUGAGACAGAGAUUUUGAUGGUGAUGAUUGGUUGUUUCCCUUGUGCAGUGUCUGCCAAUCAAGUCACAGCAGGUCUUCAGGUGUCCCGGUCUUAAAUUGACCAUCAUAACAGACUGGCGUAGUCUGACCUCGGCAUAAAGACCCUUGACUUUGACAUGACACACUCUGGACCUAUUCUCAUAUCCAGCUGCAUUUGACCUCAACAUAUGACCUUGAAGUGACCUCUGACCUCUGUGUGACAUUAAGUGACCUCUUGUUGAGCGUGUACAGAUGUGGUUCUUUGAAGAAACAGAACAUUUUUUUGUAAACUAAAGUAGCCCCCCCAACCCCCACCCCACACCCUCCUCCUACCUGAUAACCUCCAUAAACCUUUACCUUUUACCUGUAAAUGUCAGCACUUUGGUUGCUAUGGUUACAGCAGCAGCCUGUCUGUGUCUACCUGUGCUCUGCCUGUCUCUGUGCUGAACUAGAACUCUACCUGUUAUUUUUUUGCUACUGUUGUCUUUUUAGGGGGUUUUACACCUGUGUGACAUACCUGUCUCAUCUGAGGUGUUUUCUUAAGAGUAACUGGAGAUUUUAUGCGACAGACUGAACAGAUGUUUCCAGUACUGCAGAUCAAAUCUCUAAAAUUUGUUGGACAGAGAUGGUCAAAAUGUUUGACAGACCAGAGAAAUGUAAAAGUUAACAGAGAGAACAGAAUUUUGAUGGAUUUCAGAGAGCAACGACAUGAGAAAUGAUCAAGUCAUGAGAUUUGUUUGGAUACUUAAGGUAACUGAGAGGAGUAGUCAUGCUUAUAAGGGAUACUGUGUAUAAAGAUUAAGACCUCAAGGUGGGAGUUCAAUGUUGUAGAGUGGUUAGAGAUGGUAGGGUAGUUAAAAAGAGAUUUGAAAAUGUGAAAGAGAUGGUAAAUUUGAGAUUUUGAAGUGUUGGCGGAUAUUUAAAGUUGGAGAUGUGAGAAGUCUGAGAUGAUAGAAAAUGUUGUGGACAUUAAAUGUGAGGUUCAUAAGAAACGAUAAACUUAGAAAUUUGAGGUAUGGGAGAAAUUGUUUAGAUAGUGUGAGGCUCAAGAUAGAAGAGAUAUGUUAGACAUGCAACAAUACUUCAGAGAUUGUAGAAAUGCUGCAGAUACGUGAGAGAUGUUUGGUUUGUUCAAACUCUGAGAGAAUUAAAGGAGCUGAAAGAAACUUUAGAUUUGAUUUGUGACAUUUAAGAAAUGUGAGAAAUGUUUAAAGAGAUACUUGAGAUGAAGAGAGAGAACUGUAAGAAAUUUGACAUGCAUGAAAGCUGAAGAGACGUAGGCAGUAAUGACAGAGUCCCAGUCCCUCUGUAAGCCUGAAUCUUGUUUCAUGUAUGUCAAAUGUGAGAGAUCUGGUAACUUUGUCAGCUUCAUGAUGAAUAUGAGGUGAUUUGUUUUCUUUUCUGAAGAAUUCUUACUCAAGUUUGUUGUGUCAUAAGUGAUACAAUCAGUGUUCGGACAAAUCAAAAAUAUCACACAAAAUGAACACAUACCAAACUGUGAAGAUGAUGGAAAUGAAAGAACCAGAAAAGUCUAAUUGAAUCAGCAGCAGAUCGACUCAUCCACCAUGACACCAACAUUUAAAAACUCUAGAUAAUGGAAAUGUUUUCACUCAAAGGACAAAUGACUAAAAUACACAAACACAAUUAUGUAUGGUAAUAAUUUAUGCAUUAAAAACAGGGUCCUGGGUAACUCUACUUGACAGAUCGUGAGGAAGAUUGAAUCAUGUAAAUUCUCACUUCUCCAACAUAAACAUUCAGAGAUGAGGGGUCCCUAUCAUCACCUCGUCAUUUGUCUUUUCUAUCUGCAAAUAUGAAAUAAUAAAAGAAGCACAAAAACAUGGCUGUAGAGUUUAGCAGCUCUGAGUAGUUUGCUCGUGUUGCAUCUGAUUGUAGGAUGAGCUGUCGGUACCCUUUUUUUGCACUCUUGAAAUGACAGAGCUCAAACCUGUCCCCAUUUAGGUGACGUGUUUACAUGGGAGGGGACACUUCUUAUUAUAAUCCUGCUGUGAACAAAAGUUAAGCUUAAGCACUUUUAACAGAAUAAAUGUUUUUGAGGUCAGCCAGGGAUAAAACUGAGUCAUAGUCACUGGAAAGUAUGAGUGUGACAGUCCUUUUGAAUAAUUCAGCUCAGUUACCACCAACUUUCAGCAGACAGUAAAAAUGUUACCCUGUGCGUGACCACUAGCGCAGGUGUUUGUGAAUUAAACAUUCGUAAUGAGGUUUAUCUCCAUAAAAGAGGUCCAUGUCGCAUCAAAUAAAUGCAGAAUCCCAGGAUACAGGGAUGCUAUCUGCUCUGAAGUGCAGUUUAGCGUGCAUCCAAACCUUUGCAUGUCCUUUCUGAUUUAGAUGCUGUUUGUCUCCUUCGCACUGGUUUAAGGGGCUCAAAAGCCAUGCAGUCCUUAUGUGAAUCAGGCCAUGGGUUUAUUUCAAGUGAGAGGGCUUGAAGAGCUUUAGGAGUUUAUCACAUUUCAUUAAGUACAAAUGAUACCCAAUGAGGUAAAUCAUGCAACAGCUCAUUUCACAUCAGAUGCUUCGACUCAUUUCUCACAUUUUGAAUUCUCCAGCUCUAUCCACUAUCAUUAUCAAUCAUCACUGCUAACAGUUAUUUUCUUUUCUAAUUUAUCUGCUGAUUAAUUUCUCAAUUAAUCAUUGAGUUAUUUGUUCAUUUUCAUUAGAAAUAUCCACAAAAGUUUCUUAAAUGGUCAAUUCUGUUAGAGAGCAGUUUUGUUCAGCAGCACAUUUGUAUCAGUUUUUAAAUGACUUCACAGAAAUACAGUUAUUAGUGAUAUAACUCAGCAGCAGCUGUUUGAUCUUACUGAGUGUAGUUUCUGAGAGGUUUCCAGUGUUUUGCUGCAGGCGGCGGCAGUCUGACCUCCUGUCUCACUCUACCAGCUCUAACAUAUCUACCUGUCUGUCCCUCUGUCUAUCUCCCUGUCCGUCUCUCCGUCUGUCUCCCUCUCUUUCUGUCUGUCUGUCUGUGUCUAUCUUGUAGGCUUUGUGCAGAGUAGUCGGCUAGUCUAGCACAGUAAUCCACCAGUGAGGACGUCUCUCCACAGGAAGUGAUGUAAAGGAAAAAGCUCUGAGGAGGUCCGCUGACAGCUUUUCAUUGGACAGUUUAACUGCUGUCAAUACGUGAUGGAGGAAAACUUCUGCUGGUGACUGAGAAAUCAAUCAGAGAUCAAUCAGCCUUUAUUUAAGUCUUGGAGAUGAGUGCAUCAGCUGGGUAGUAAAAAAAAGUUGGUCCAGACUCAGCGAAGAGCAACCAAUACCCCUAUUUUAAGCCAGAACACACACCAAGUGACUCUUAGAGCUGAAGUGGUUUUAAACUGUGGGAGUCCACACAAGUAAGGACAGGCCAACAUUAAAUUCCUCUGAAAACCACCUGUAGACUAUUCUAUGAGGCUGCUUAAAACAAAACACUUAGCAUUUGUGGUAAAACUUUCCACAGUGGAGGUUCCACAGACACAUAAUGUAAUGUUGUGUUCACUCCUUUUUCAAAUAAAAUCAUUUGCAUAAGUCAGUUACAUGUUGAUUAGAUGUGAGUUCCUGUCCUGUGACACAAAUGCGGUGAACAGUGCAAAUUUAGCAGAUUAUCUGCACCAACAAUGCAAAUUUAUGGCACAACAUCAAACCGGCCAAGGAUCAUUCAUCUGCAGAAUGAAGGAUGGACUGAUAUUUAUGGUAUUCAGCUCCCUGAGCUCUAGGACACGACUUGUUUUUAAAAUGAAGAGUAAAAAAGAGCUCAUCUGGAGGAAAGUGAGUGAGGAGGUCAGAUUAUCUGGUAAAUUGUUUAAACACAACAGAUCCUCACAAUGUGGUCAGCCUCAGCUAUGUUUGAUGCAGGAAUUUCUCCUGCAAUCACUGAUGAGUUAAGGCUCUCCUGCAGACACGAUGUAUCGACAAAUGAAGUGAGUCAUAUUCACACAACAUUGAAGAGUUCAACUACGCACGAUUUAAACGACAAAAUCAUUUUAUUUGUUCGGUGUGAACACAUCAUAAUAUAAACUCUUGUCAUCAAACACAACCUCAGGAAACAAACAACUAUGGAGGACGAUUGUGACUGUCGGCUUUUCAGCGUGCACUCUGUUUUGGGUUGACAAACAAAAAUCUAACCAUAACUCCACCACACACUUGAGGAUCAUUCUAGAUAAAUGAUCAGUUACCACAAGCCUCCAAUCAGGCCACGCCCCACAUCAAUUGGAAAGGCCCGAUUGGAGCCUCAAAUCAAGCUUAAACUUGUGUAGCAUGUGACCAACCAAACUAGCAAUGUCGCUGUGUCCAUUAUUGUGAAUUCUUGCAUAAUUUAUGACAUGCCUAUUUGUUCAUUAACUUCUCACACUCACCUCAUGGCCCAGCAUGGUGUUGUUAGAUGAGAAUUUAAAACAAACCAAGUAGUGUUUUGAAAAGCUCCAUUUGCAUAAAAACAGGUGCGUGGACAGAACCACAUUUUACUUACUUUUAUUGAAGGUACUUUUAUUCAAGCAGGAUCGUCAAAACAAAGUCUCGACAGUUUAGUCAAAAUAGAACUGAUCUAUCAGCUCUGCCUCUCAGUAAACUAGCAGUGGGUUGACCUGAUCACAGACAGCCUGUCAUCAUUAACCGUUGUGUGAACCACCACCAACGUUCUGCCAUUACGACUUUCUUUAGAGUUCAGUGACUUUUUUGUUUGUAAUACUUUUGAUGCUGGUCUGACUUUUUACUGUUACCUGAGCUUCAUCCUAAGUGUAAAGGUUACAACACAACACAAAGAAGCCUGAUGCUGAACUUUAAGUUUGUUUUAGCUUUCAGCUCCAGGUUGGACUCAGUGUAACAGUUCCACAGACACCCAGGUGGUGCACUCAGCUCCCUAAUGCAUAGCAGACAUCAAAAUAAAGAUCAGAUAUUAGACAGGUCCUACACACGCUAAUUCAUACCAUCUGUAUUUACUCCAGACCUAGAUGUUAACUUAGAUCAUUAUUCAUUACAAAUUCAGAAGGUGUUCAUCUUUGUUAAUGAAGAAAUCCGGCUCUAGGCUUUUGAAAUACAGUUUUGAAACAAUAGAUGAAGAAAAUCUACUUAAUAUUAAUGUUUAAACUUUUUUAUAAAGUUAAUAUCAUUUUUGAACAUAAUAAUGAAAAAAAAGAAAAGAAAAUCAGUCCUUCAAACAGUUGUUCUGAUGUGAAAACAUUCAAAUGGUUUUCUGAUUUGUUGAUGAACUGACCUGAGAUCAGUUUUACUUGAUGCACUUCAUUUACAAUUAAUAGUAGUAAUAAAAAAGAAGUUAUUAAAUCAUCAGACUGUCCUAUUGAAAAAAAAGUGAAAUGGUGGAGAAGACGAUCCGUCCUGUUGACCACUGUAGUCCAAAAAAAGAGCUUUCUAUCCACCUUACGUCUUACUGCAGUGAUGUCCAACUGUACCACGUGCGUCAGUUCAGUGUGACAUCACUGUGGGUGUGGCCGGAAGAACAAAACAAACUGAUGAGGGUGCUCUGUAGUAACUGUUGAGUUUAAAUCCUUUAAACUGUUCAAAGUUUAAACUUUACAGAACAGACAAAACUGUCUUAAGUUGGUCAUGAAGGGUUGACUGCGUGUAAAUAAACUGUAGCUGCACAGGUGUAGCCCGCCUCCUGUAUACCUGUUGACUUAAACCCCGCCCCCAGCUGCCCCAAACUGUACUAGCCUCUCCCCCUUCCCUGCUCCUGCCCCCUGCUUGUUGAUCGAUGAUCAUGCUCUUGAUUGAUUGUGUGAAAUGUGAAACCUUUUUUUAUUUUAUAGUGAAACAUGAUUAGUUAUUGAUUUUUUUAUUGAGACGUGAGACUGCUGAUCACGCUCUUUUCAAUUUCCUGUAUGUUAAAACUUUCAAAAUAAACUACACUCUGAAUCAAA